UCUGAGUUUUCUCCUGUCGUGUGUCACAGCUCCUCUCUUGCUCUCUUCAAAAUUUUCUUUUUUUUUUUGAAGAAUGGGACGUACCUGCUUCUCUGUUGACCUUUAAGGAGACGGAGCGUGAGAGUCACAGUGAGCGAGAGCGAGUCAGAUCUCAGAUCCUGGAGUUACACGGUCAGCAGACGCAACAAAGCAGAGAGCAGCAGAGAAAAGGCACAAACUCGGGUAUGGUGCUGGUUCUGGAUCACCUGGUGAAGGAUGACAGCUCUGGACCGCUGCUAAUCCAGCCUCCGAGGGAAACAAUGACCACAGAGCCUGACCUGGUCCUGUCUCAUCGUCAAAGGUCUGACUCCUCUGCUUCAGACCGCAGCGCGACCUCGGUGCUCUCCAGGUCCAAUCUGGAUCCCUUGGUCUCAGAGAAGAGUCUGGGCUCUUCGUUCAGAGCCCGGCUGGACUCUGGAGCUUCAGACCGGAGCCAGAGUCCCUUCCAACGCGGUCGGCUGGAUUCAGGGGCGUCGGAGCGAAGCGUUGGCUCCCUCUCCUUCGUCAGACAGAGGCUGGGCUCAGACGUCUCGGAUUCCGGCGUCAGAUCCCGUAGAGGCUCCGGGGGUUCAGACAUCACCGCUCUGUUGCCAAGGAAACGGACGGACUCCGGGAUGUCCGAGCACAGUGUGAGCAUGUCGUCCGAGGAGAAGUGUCCAACAGACGAGGUGGAGGUAGUCAGCACAGAUUCAGAAACUGAGAGCAGAGACAAAGGUCCAACCAGCCUCGAUGCUCAGUCAGACCAGGAUCAGGACGGCAUCAUGGACCAGGAUCAAACUGACGGGGCGGUUUUAUCUCGGAGGAAUCCCGUGAAUGGACUGCUCAACGGCAGCGCCAAGGGAAAAACGGACUUCCAGAAACCAAAGAUACCUAACAGUGAUCUGCCACUCACUCAUGGGAAAGCAAAGGAUUCUG